AUGGUAGAAUCAAAGCUAGGCUCGGAAUGGUGGUAUUGCCAUCUAAGUUCUGGCACUUGCAGUGCAUGCACCGUUGUUGGUUUCCAUGAUUCGCGUGACUGCUUGCAGGCAUUGUGGAUAAGUUCCCUCUAUCACAAUCCUGCUGGUAAGGGCUCCAAUUGGGACAAUGCAAGAGAUUCAGAGCUGUGUGUUUGUGUGCAAAUGUGUCCAUGGCGUUGGCAUGGCACACACAGUAAGAUUGCCUUCUUGGGAACAGAAAGAGCACUUUGA